CUCUUGCCCAACUCAUCCGUCUCAAUGGAAGGCAUGGACGAUAAGCGUAGUCUGGAGGGCAAGACGGUCCCCGUUGAGGGCAUGAAAGGUUUUUGGGACAGUGCUGUCGGCCCGGCUGGGCAAACUAACACCCGAGGCAUGUUCGUCUCUGGGUCAUCGGUAGGCCAUCAGUGUUGCAUAUUUCCGCACAUGGGUUUCAAUUGGUGGAUCUUCUGGAACGAUAUGGAGUUUGGUGAUUUGGGUCGUUAAUGAGGGGCAGGCGGAAAUGGUCUUCUAGCUUCCUAUCGAGGGUAGUUUCACCGUUUUGCGGAGGGAUAUGUGGAUGAGUCUCUCGGGAUUGCUCUCGAAACAUUUCUACCAUGCACUCUUCCAUAUUCUUCCCCAAGGUUAUUCGUAUUUUGUUGGAUGGGUAGCAAUUUUUUGCUUUGAAUUCGUAUCAUUUGGGGUCGUUUUGAAUUUCUGGACGGGACCACUCGACAUGUUGGGGAUUGGCACAGUAGUUGCAUGUCUCGUGGGUCAUUCUCCAGCGAUCCUCGACAUGACUUAUUGAUGAUUCUACUCGCUUAGCUUGCAACAUAUGGCAUUCUUGAUCUAUGGAGCGUUAGGCACUUGGGAUAAUCUGGAUUCUGGGCCUCUAUCGGCAAAGUGCUAUUGAUUACUGGUCUCAUCCUGAUGACCGGAGGGUGGGCCCUCUGUUGACGUUGUACGAGCAGUUCAUUGAUUCGAGUGCCAUUAGCAAUCCGCGGCAUUGGGCAAUGGUUUUCCUUAUUGGAAGAGCCCCGGGGAUGGCAGAGGCAGGUUCAGUUUGAUUGGAAAUUAGCUAGCUGAUUCGAUCUUUCUAUC